AUGGCGCCCACUUCGGGCCACUCCUCGAAUGCGUCGACCUCGUCCAAUAGCGAGCGCCAACACCACGGCGCCGCAAACGGCAAGCCUGCCGUCGUAGCAGCCCGACACGAGAGAACACCGGACACACCCAGGAGGAAGGGGAGCAGUGGCCGCGACAGGGCUGUCCAAGAUGCUGGUUUGAAAGACUACCGUCUCGGCGAAUGCUUGGGCAAAGGCGCUUUCGGUGCCGUCUACAAGGCAAUCCAUUGGGGCACUGGUGAGGCCGUUGCGGUGAAGCAGAUCAAACUAGGGAACUUGCCCAAGAGCGAGCUGCGCAUGAUCGAGGCCGAAAUCGACUUGCUCAAGAACCUGCAUCACGACAACAUUGUCAAGUAUAUAGGUUUCGUCAAGUCUAUCGACUGCCUAAACAUUAUCCUGGAAUACUGCGAGAAUGGCUCCCUGCACUCUAUAUGCAAAGCGUAUGGAAAGUUUCCAGAGAACCUCGUUGGAAUUUACAUGACCCAGGUGCUGCAAGGUCUACAGUACCUGCACGACCAGGGUGUGAUACAUCGUGACAUCAAGGGAGCCAACAUCCUGACCACCAAAGAUGGCAAAGUCAAGCUCGCCGAUUUUGGUGUGUCUACGAGUACCCUGAGUGGGCCGGAUAAGGAGAACCAAGUCGUGGGAACCCCAUACUGGAUGGCCCCUGAAAUUAUUGAGCUUUCAGGUGCUACUCCCGCCUCAGAUAUUUGGAGUUUAGGGUGCACAGUCAUUGAGCUGCUUCAAGGCAAACCGCCAUAUCACCAUUUACAGGCAAUGCCAGCCCUUUUUGCUAUAGUCAACGAUGAUCACCCGCCACUACCAGAAGGCGUUUCUUCAGCCGCUCGCGACUUUUUAAUACAGUGUUUUCAGAAAGACCCAAAUCUUAGGGUUUCUGCAAAGAAACUACUCAAACACAAUUGGAUAGUAGGAUGCCGGAGGAGUGAUGCUCCUGUUGCAAAAGCUCCUGGAAAUUUCAGCCAGGCUGUGGAAGAAGUUAAGCAAUGGAACAAGGCGUUGGACUCAGACUCACACCUCCGUGCCUCUACGGGGUCGAACCCCAUAGAACCACAACAUGGUCGCCAAGGAUCCCGCUAUGCUGCUCCUGACCAAACGACGAGGCUCACGACACCCGCGAAGGGACCUUUGUCUUUAGCAAAGCCGAAACCGACUGCCGAAGAUUACAGGUCUCCCGAGCUUGAUGAUGACGAUAACUGGGAUGACGAUUUUGUCACAGCCAUCUCCCCCACCGCCUUACACCUUCCAAAAUUAAAACCUCAAGAUAACUUUGGUGGAUUGUUAUCAGCAGAUCGAAUUAAACAAUUUGCUUUCAACUCAUCAACGCGGUCCGUUUCGGGUAAUUGGGACGACACCGCUGAUGGUGAGCUUAAGACCAUGAAGAAUUUUCGAGAUGAAGAUCCCCAGGAAAAGACUAUCCGACCCUGGAAUAUUUCUCCUCACAAAGAGCGACAGCUUUCAGUCCCUGAUAUACAGCCGAGGAGGAAGUCGUCCUCAACCUCCAAAUCUUCGUCCUCACCCAAGAAACGUCCAGUCACUAGCCAUCAAAGGCCGAGGUCGCAAAAUAAGAACAUGGGGACUAAAUUUGAAUUGCCGUCUCGGCCUGAUGCUACUCUUUUUAGGGAACAUACUGUAGAAGAUUAUUCGGAUUUAUUUGGGGAUGACGAUCACGACGUUGCCGUGUUCAACCAGAGAUUAGGUCAAAUGAAGAAGCCUGAUGCCCCUCAACUAUUCCACCCCUCUGACUUGACAUCACUACCGCGGUCUAUGCAGAGUCCACAAGCAGGAAGUCUCAGGAGGCAGGCGUCAUCACGGCCGUCUGUGCUUCCAGACCGUCAACUUCAGAGAACGAACUCAACCAUAGAGAUACAACGCUUUGCGGAGGACGAGGGCGAUGAGGAUUUCUCGGACGUGUUCGGACCUACUGACGAGAUUACGGAGAAGGACGAGAGCGACAAGGGAUCUGAGGCGGGUGGUCUCAUGGUGCUGUCAAAGCUUUCGAAUAACUCGUGGCUCGGUGACGAGGAAGACGAGGACGAUCCCUUUGCAGCCAUGGAUCCUGGCUGGGAUGAAAUGGAUCUCGAGGCGAACAUUGCUCGUGAUCGACAUGCGCGACUUGCGGAAAAGGUCGAAGAGGCAGUACGGUCAAUCAAGAUGAUAGAAGGGGAGCACAGGCUGGCCGAGCUAUCGGAAGAUCUGCUCGCACUGCUUUGGGAAAAUCCAGAAGUAAAGGACCUGAUCAUUAGUGCACACGGCCUGCUUCCCAUACUUGAGCUACUAGAGCCCUGCACGGUCAAGAGUCGGCAACAUAUGAUACUGCAACUUUUGAAAGUGGUGAACACGAUUAUCCUGGAUGAUGUCGAGCUUCAGGAGAACCUUUGCUUCGUUGGCGGCAUUCCCAUCAUAACCAAGUUUGCAGCGAGGCAAUAUUCCAACGAGAUCCGGCUCGAAGCAGCAGCAUUUGUGCGGCAAAUGUACACAACUUCCACAUUGACUCUACAAAUGUUUGUCAGUGCCGGUGGUCUCAAUGUGCUGGUAGAGUUCCUUGACGAGGACUAUGAUAACACAAGAGACCUUGUCCUUAUUGGUGUCAACGGUAUUUGGAAUGUGUUCGAACUCCAGGGACCCACUCCCAAAAACGACUUCUGCCGGAUCUUUGCCCGGAACAAAAUUCUUGACCCCCUAGCACUCGUGUUGCACAGGGUUUUGGACGAGGAUGAUGAGGACGAGUUGAAGGAGCUCGUCGAAGGUCGCAUAGUCAACAUCUUCUAUCUGUUCUCGCAAGCAGAGAAUUAUGUCAAGGAGAUGGUAGCAGACCGACAAGUCCUGAAGAGCGUCCUGAAAGAUCUUCGAAGAAUGACACCUGCGCAUCAAAUCACCAUGCUCAAGUUUAUCAAGAACCUGUCGAUGCUGUCAUCGACUCUGGAGACUCUCCACUCCGCUGACGCUAUCGAUUUCCUGAUUGAUCUUCUCAGUCUUAGCCUCAAGAAGGGUCACCCCCAUUUCCGCGAGAUCUCCAAUCAAGUCUUGAAUACCAUGUUCAACCUCUGUCGAUUGAACAAGGAUCGCCAGGAGUAUGCAGCGGUCAACGGUAUUAUUCCUUUAUUGAUGAAAAUUAUGAAGACAGAUAGGCCACCCAAAGAAUUCGCGUUGCCGAUUCUUUGCGAUAUGGCUCAUUCGGGCAGCAAAGGCCGACGAUUCCUUUGGCAAAACAAGGGAUUGGACUUAUAUGUAUCUCUUCUUGCAGACCAGUAUUGGCAGGUUACUGCUCUGGAUGCUAUUUUCGUCUGGUUGCAGGAAGAGACCGCCAAGGUGGAAGGCCACCUCAUUAAUGGUACUUUUACAGGGGCAAUAGUUGCGUGUCUCAAUACCCAGAAGAUCAACGCUUUCGAUCCUAAUCUUCUCGAACCGCUCCUCAAAUUACUUCGUCUUAGUCCCGAUUUGUCGGCAAGAUUAGCAAGACCUGAGAUGUUUUUGGGUAUAGCACAAAAGCUUGGCCACAAGAAAGCUGUCGUACGGCUCAAUCUACUCCGUCUCGUGCGGAACAUUCUGGAUGCACGCGAAGCAGACUACUUUAACAGUCCUAGAGACAAACAACUUCGAUAUCUGCUUGAAGCGAUCCAAACUCUUGCCGAUAAGGAUUCGGCAGUAUUAGUUCGAAAUCUGGCAUCCGAACUUGUUAGGUUACAUAUCAAUGGUGACCCUGACAGUAUCGUACCACCCCCGCUUUCGGCAAUGUCUGUGCCGUCUUCAUCCUCUUCUGGCUCCGGCCGUACACGACCGAGCAGCAGACGUAUAUAUACACCUCCCUCUCUACAACACUCUUCGAUGUCAACACCCAUGACACCAACAUCUGCUCACCGAGCAUCGCAAGCCGCGUAUAUUGAGAUUGCCUCGUCGCCCAAACGGAGAACGGCGGUCCCAUUGGAUAUCGGCCCUACACUCUAUAGACCAGGAAGCCGCGAUGGAAGCGGCCUUCCCAUAUCAUCCUUGCCCCGUCGCGUAAGCACUGAUCAAGGCAUGGAUAUUUCUUCAGCAGGGAUGAAGAGCAGACUUCCUCGAAAUUCGCCAGUAUUCCCACAUUCGGCUGGGAGCGAAGCGUCCUCUGGCAGAAGUCACAGCCAACUGAGCAACAAGGAGAACCUUAGCGCAUCGAGAUAUGGUCAACGUCCUUCGACUGCAUACGCUGGUCAGGGAGGACAUUCUCGUGAAGGGUCCGGCGGAAGUAAACCCAGACGGAGCCGUGCUCCUAGCGAGGGACAAUCAAGAAGGUGGGCGUAA